AUAGCCUCUUUUCCUUUUCUUCUCAAGUUCUUAACUGUGAUCAAGUGUUGAUUAAGAAGGGAGAAGCCGUACACCUCUUCUUCUGUGGAUAAAAGAACCAAAACGUUGUCGUACUACGAAGAAGAAAUGCUUAGGCCUUCUAUUGGACUCGGAAACCUCUUCUCCUUCUCCAAGCUCUUUCGUCAGCUGGAGCAAGAGAUGGAAACCGUGGUAAAUGUGUUGCAGCCUGGACCUUUAGGAAUCAUAGAGCACAAGUUCUCUGGUGAAGAGAUUCGCGAGGCAAGUGCUACGGUUCAUAGAGCUGUAGAGAAUUGGCGACGAAAUGCAAAACUGGAACCAACAGCUCACAUCUUAAACGAUUACAUUAAGAAAUGAAGGGAAGAUAUUAGCUAAAACCAUUUUCCAUUGAUGGCUCAAGAUUCUUAUGUUUUUGUCGGAGGAUGUUGAAGAACUUGGUGCCUUCGUUUAACUUUUGUACAUUAACGAGUUUGAUUGCUGUUGUCUUUUAUAUUUUUUUUUUCUAUAUAUCACUACCCCCUAUUUUACAAGAUAAUGUUUGUAUAUUCUCUCUUUUUCUCAAAUUCACCGUCAUUUGUUCCUUGUGUUCUGUCCUUAUUUAUAGAGUUUAGAGUCAUCGUUAUUCCAUUGGAGUCUUAUCACUGAAACUAUUCGUGAAACGUGGACAAUUCCCACAUUUUAUAUUUAGAUUACAUGAGAUAAUAAUAAAUAAUUGCUAUAA